AUGGCUCUAGCGCCGGACGCCUCUUUGCACUGUACUGCCGAGAGUAACCUGGCUCGAAGCCUGAGCAGCAGCCGCAGCAGGAGGGCGCGUGAGAACCCUUCACUACAGUCACACGUGGAAUAUGAGGAGCGUCCAGAGACGAGGGAGAGGGAAAUGUUGGGCUUUAAGGCCAGCGGCAGCGGAGGAGGAGCAGUUAGGGCUGGGAACAGGCCUGCGGGGAGGAGGGAAAUCAAGUUGGCAGGAGAGGGAGAGGGUGGCAUGGGUAAUACGCUCAUUGAGCAGGCUGAUGGAAGGGGGGUGGGUAAUUUGGCGGUACGGGCAGGUCUUGAAGUUUUUCCUUUUGAGAGAUGUUCUUUGCUUAGUGGCAGCGGCAGCAGGAGAGGCAGUGGUAACCCCAAGAAGCGGCGGAUUCUUCCAAGCGAGGAUGAGGUAAGGGCGGCUGCUGCGGAUUGGCCAACGCUUGGGGCCACUCUGAGACGAGCUCUAGGGGCGGGACGGGGUGGGGAUGCAGCUGAGAGAGCACGUUUUAGUUCAGGCGGGGAUGAAGCAGGAGCAGUGAAAGCAGGAGAGGAAGCAAGAGAGAAAUCAGGAGAGGAAGCAGGAGUGGAAGCAGGAGAAAAAGCAGGAGCAGAACGAGCUCGAGCAGGACAAACAGAGGAACAAGGACAGGGGGGACUCGUAGCGGCACCAGUUGUGACGCAGAAAGACAAGGGGACGCUUCUGCAGCAACAGGCAUUCAAUUCUCGGUUCGAACCGGGUGAUGUGACUGGUAAAGGGGACGCACAGAAGACAGGAAAACCCGGGACUGGGCCUGGCGAGAAGGCGAGUCAUGAGUGCCGAUUUUGUGGCAAGGAAUUCGGUUCGUUCCGCGCGCUUGGUGGUCACAUGAAUCUGCACAGGAGAGAGCGGAAGGUUGAGGAGUUCCUUCUGCUGCUGACCCUGCUGGAACGCCUCAUGCAGAUACCUCUGCGUCUUUACUCGCUCCUGCUCAUCCUGCCUCUGUUCCUCCCUCCCUCCCGCUAG